AUGCUCAAUGAGGUGAUGGCAAGAGAACACAUACCCCUCAGUAGGAACUACCGUAUCGAUGGGCUCGUCGUAGAAUUAAAAUGUGUACCUCCCAAAGAGAGCGUUACUGAGACCGGUCCCGAGGACGUCCUGAAGAAAACCAUUGCUACGACUGAUUCCUGGAGGGGUCCCGAUGAGCUUGAAAAGGGGUGCAAAGAAGUCCAUUUUUGUGGUGUGGUGCGUGUAAACUGGCUCGACUCACAGGAGGAUUCUGUUCAUCCGAAUUCGCAGUUUUGGGGCCAUACGCAAUUUGCCGACCAACAGUACCUCCGUUUUAAGGUCGUAUCACUCAACGAACGCGUCCGUCAACUCUCUAACUUUUUACUCCUUAAUCAUCGGGCCUUCAAACUGCUUGAAUAA